AUGCCGGCGCUUACAGAAGAGCUGAUCAAGUCCAAGACGAAGGCGGAGACGCUCGAGGACGUCACGAAGCUCAACAUCUGCGGCCACGAGCUCACUGAUGUCAGCAUCCUCCGGCAGCUACCGCGCGUCGAGCUCCUGUCUCUCUCCAUGAACGCGAUCACCACACUUGCUGACUUCUCCCAGUGCACCAAUCUUCGAGAGCUCUAUCUCCGGAAGAACCAGGUCCCGGACACCGCAGAGCUGCGGCACAUCGAGCAGCUCCCGAACCUGCGGCAGCUGUGGCUGUCCGACAACCCGUGCGCGGCCGAGGCGGGGUACCGUGCAGCGGUGGUGCGGCGGAUGCCAGGGCUGGUGAAGCUGGACGGCACGGACGUGACGGAGGAGGAUCGCAGGGCGGCGUCGCGCGAGGUGUCGCCGCGGCGCGCGGCGGGGGAGGCGGGGCCGGCCAGCGGGCAGGGGACGCCGUCGGGUGCGACGGGGGGGGGUGUGGGCGGGGGACUCAAGCGGGCGUCGGUGGUGAGCUCGGUGGACGGCGCGGGCAAGGCGCAGAGCGGGAGCAACAACGUGCUGUACGCAGUGAUGGCGCUCCUGCGGGACCUGGACGAAGACGCGCUCAAGGUCGUCAAGGCGGAGUGCGAGCACCGCCUUACCCUGAAGUCAUAA